AAAAAAAAAAAAAAAUUGGGGAAGUUUUUGGGAUGAAUCAUGAAUCUUCUUGGAAACGACUGCGUUGGUUGUGGUCCCCAGUCGUGCAAAUGGGCCCCACAAUCUCAUUUUGACCCCAGAGCUGCGUAAUCCGCCCAUUGCUGUAGCGCCACGUGGAGUGACCUUAGCUCAGUAAAUCGGGCAGUCACUGGUUUUGGAGUGUCGAAUCAGCUGUGACUGAGCCCAAGCAGUUACGGUCACCUUAGCAAAAACUCCCAACCUAUAAAAACGCGCAUACAUAAGCUUCUCGAUUUCGUCUUCUCAAGCUAAUGAUUUAGAUAUAAAUUGGGAAUUUUGAGAGGUAGCAGACGUGGAAAGGAGGCCUGUUACUUUCUUCUACUUCACGUGCCUCAUAGAGAUAAGAUUAAGUUUUNCGUCUUUUUCAUUAAUCUCGACUUGGGUCUCGAUGUGUCCUUCGGCUGAGUCUCCUCCCCAUGCAGAACUCUGUUUGUUCUUGACUGAUGACCAAAUCAUUCCAUUUCUAAAUGAGUACACACCACAAUCCAAUCUUCCAAGUAAUGUGCUAGCAGACUGGAGCCCUUAUCAAUACCCACCCUCUAAUCUACCAGAAGGGAUUUGGUACCUUGUUCCCAUAGACGUGAAAAAGGAAUAUGUUCAUGGGUUCUGGAAAGCCAAUGCAGAAGAUUCUAGGAUUUACUCAAAUUCCACAAUCACUGGUUGGAGGACCACUUUGCAUUAUUUUGAAGGACAGGCCCCUGACGAGCAAAGAACAGAUUGGCGCAUGCAUGAGUAUUGGAUAACAAGAAAAGAGCUAUAUGAUAAAGAUAAGCCAAAGGAGUCAAGACUGCUAUGCAGAGUCUUCUGUAAUGACAAGAAUGGGAAAAGUGAAAAUCCUUCCCAAAAUUACCUAACCACCAUUGAACCAGAAAAGAUUAAUUUCUUGGCAUCAAUUAAAUCUAAUGCUGAUGUAACCUCAGGCGAAGAUUGUGGAAGUGAAUCUAAAGCAAAGGAGGAGCGUGAAGUGGCAGCUGAUAACAAUGAACCUGAUCCUGAAGCGAAUAGAGAGUGUGAAGGGGCAGUGGCUGAUAACAAACCAAACUCGUCUGGACAAGUUUUCUCCCAAGUCGAGUGUUUCGAGAGAGGUGACUUCUUGGAAUUAGCUGAUCUUGAAGACAAUGUCUCGCAUUCUUCCAGUUCACGAAGCUCGAGCUGUCUCAGCAAUUCAUCUGAUGAAGAGUUUGACGUGUCGGCUUUCCUGAAGGACAUUGAGGCAGACGAGCUUAAUUCUAUUCGUGGGGAGCAGUCGAGUUCAAGAUACGAGUUUACUUCGGUUAGGCCAGAUGAUAUUGUUCUGCAGCCCCCACCUUCAGGGACGUUAUUGACUGGUUCCAUACUUCAAAACAAUGUUGAUGAGGGCUCACAAAGAGGAUUAACGGUCCAAAAGAUGUCGGAAGAUGAAAGAGAAAUGGAAAAUGCUACAGAAGGGCACAAACCAGACAGUUCAAUUGAAGGAACGUCAAAUGAUGGUAUUGCCAGUCGGGAGAGAAAGCCCGGUGAUUCGAGCAGAAUGAAGAAGCUGAAAAUGUGUUUCUGUUUUAAGCCGUUCUGAAACGUAUAGAGGCGUUUCGUUUCGAAUGUGUUCCAGGUUUAAGCAAAUGUAGCUAUAUUUUUGUGUGUGGGUGUUAGUGAGAGGAACACAAACAUGAAAGGAAAGAUGGCAACCAGUUAUGUACAAUGUUAUGGAACAAUUGCAAUUAGUUCUUAUUGCUUAAUUAUUAAAUUGUUUUUGAGGAUAUAUGUGAAUUUAUAUAAAAUAGCAAAGGCGUGCCCUGG